AUGGCAACUUUGAGAAAACGACAUUUGACUGAAAAGGAAGCUGGGAAAGUCAUGAAUAACUCUGAAUCUGACUUAUCAUCCAAAGAUGAUCUCCUGGCAGCUUUCAGUUACAUAUCGAUGGAUUCUACUGAUGAUGAAGUUCCAGCUGAACGUCAUUGGCAGUCUGCACGAUUCAUACCAGUGAUACCAAAGUUCAGAGGUGAACCAGGUAUACGUGAUAUCAUUCAGCUUGUUGGAAAAACAUCAUUUGAUUAUUUUCAACUCUUUUUUGGUGAAAAUAUAGUGCAGUAUAUUGUGAACGAAACGAACCGCUACUAUUCUCAAAAUUCAACAUAUGAACGUCAGCAUAUGUCUAACUGGCAGGAUGUAACCUCAGUGGAAAUGUAUACAUUUUUUGCGAUUACGAUGCUUACUGGCCUUAUCAACAAAAAUAGGAUUCAGGAUUACUGGAGCACCGAUCCUUUAUUAUCUACACCCAUUUUCAGUCAGUAUUUUACAAGGAAUCGAUAUCAAGACAUUCUACAUUACUUGCACUUUGUCAAUAACGAAGAUAUUUCUGACAACGACCCUCUUGAGAAAAUAAAACCAAUUAUAGAUGAGUUGAAGAAAAAUUUUUCAAAUUGUAUUAAUCCAACGCAAAAUCUUUGCAUUGAUGAAAGUCUUAUGCUAUGGAAAGGAAGACUUAGAUUUAAACAAUAUAUUCCGUCUAAGCGUCACCGAUUUGGAAUCAAAUCAUUCCAGCUCGUCGAUUGUGAAACUAAAUUUAUCCGUGACUUCAUCUUUUAUACGGGAUCAAAUACAGAAUGUACAGUUACACCUAAACUUGGAAUGAGUGGGUCAGUUGUAAUGGAACUCAUGCAACGUUAUUUGAAUAAAGGACACCAUUUGUACCUUGAUAAUUGGUAUACAAGUUUAACACUUUUUGAACUCUUACAUCGAAAUAAAACGGGUGC